CACUGGAGGAGCGUGUGCACAGGGCGGUGGGGUGUGCACUGGGUUUCGUGGGCUGUUUGCACCCGGUCUCAGACCGCCCGCGUCCCAAUAAAUACAGCAGAUCUGGAGCACAGCGAACAAAUAGCCUGAGAGAGAGACACAGACAGACAGACAGAGAUACAGACAGACCAUCAGACACACCAGACAUGUCUGACGCACCGUGCACAUGUUCCGAAGGCGGUACCUGCAACUGCAAAGGUAACUGCGCCUGCAAAAGCUGCAAGUGCACGUCCUGCAAGAAAAGCUGCUGCUCCUGUUGUCCCGCCGACUGCAGUAAGUGUGCCCAGGGCUGCGUGUGCAAAGGAGCCAGUGAAAAGUGCAGCUGUUGUCAGUGACAUUCCUUCUCUCUGUGGAGAUGACCUCAUUUCAAACCGAGAAUUGUUCAAAUGUUACCUUGAGUUCUGCACCACUAGUGGUGAGAUGUUAAAACUACUGCCUAUGGUUUAUUUUGAAAGCUUUUUGUACUUGCUUUUUUUGCACUAAUUAUGUAAAAGUUUCUAAAUGCAUGGAAUAAACAUUAGUUUGUGAAAGUUA